GGAAGCCUUAUGAAGUGUCACGCAAAAGCCCCGAUAUUAAUUACGUAUGUUAGUUUUUGGGCAAAUUUCGGGAUUUUCCCCCGUUGGGUUCUGUUUCUUUUGUCCAUGUACCAAAGAAAAACUUAAUUCUUUAUACCAAAUCAAUGAAUGCAUGCUAUGAAUAUACAUUAACACCAUUUUAGUAUGGUUAAACCACAAUAUUAGCAAGUUACACUGAUUUGUUAUAACCAAGAUAUAUCUUGUUUGAUUAGACGUUGAAUGAUCAUCAAAAAGACUAAGGAUACAUCAUGGGAAAAUCAAUGGAGAGAAAGCAAAUGAAAGGCUCACAAAUUUUUUCGUAGAAUUGACACGAAGCUUUCAUUCUGUACAUGCCAGAUCAUGAAUUAGGAACUGCUUUCAACUUCCAGACAAAACCCCAAUUGUGUCAAACUUUCCAUUCUUGGAAUAGUUAAACGCCCGUUGCGAGUAAAUACUAAUCCUCUGUGUGUCUCGGAGAAGAUGACAAACAAGGAGAUGAGCGACAUUGAGAUGAUCAGAAAGAAAGUGGUAGAUGAAUGGGGUCUUUUGCCAUAUCAUCAACCUUUCAACUUGGAAGAGUCUCCUAAUUGGCGUUACCCUUUAAAAGUUCCCGAAAAUGCCCAUCGUCGAAUGCUUGGUUACUUUCUCAACCGUUGCGACCAAUUCAAAAGCUUCGACUUCUCAAUUAAGACAAUGAAAGCUCGCGGGGUGAAGCUUUGCAGCUACUCCGAGUUGCAACAAAUUACUGAUUUCAAGCAUUGCAGCUUGGUCCAGGAGACUUUUUCUGGAAGAUUAUUCCAUGGCACGGUUGGUGAAGGAUUUGAAAAAUGGUCGGUGAUUGUAAAGACAUGUGAUGUUCUCCUUCCUUACAGAGAUGCACAUUUUCAACGUCUACCUAAAUUUUGUGAUGAGAUCAAGUUAUUCAUUGAUGAAAAGCAAAUGCACAUAAAAUUGGCGAAAUUGUGUACAUUACGUGACAAGAGGCUUGUAGUUGUCUAUGAUGAAAAAAUUAUCAUACGCUUGUCUGAUGUGCUUCUGAACGGUAUAUAA